CUUGAUUCCUUGCUUAAUUUUAGUAAACACUUCGAAGACAUUCAACAACGAUGCGCCAGACGACUUUCGAUUAUGAGAUGUAUAGCCGGAAGGGAGUGGGGAGCCGAUCGGAGAACCCUCCUCCGUCUAUACACCUCCCUAAUUCGUCCUAUCCUGGAUUACAACGGUUUCUUAUACGAUGAUAUAGCUACUAAAAAAAUUGAUUCUCUCCAAGUGAUUCAGAACACCGCUCUUCGUAUCAUCACCGGUGCAAUGAAAACUUCCAAUAUUGACAAUCUUCACAUUGAUGUCAACAUUCCUACACUUGAUCGACGACGCAAAUAUCUUCUUCUCCGCUUUUAUCUUCGUUGCUGCGCGAACCCCUCGAAUCCCUCUAAUCAAAUACUUACAAAUCGAUAUUCUUCGUCUCCUCCAAGCGAUCCUGAAAGGAGAUUCCCAGUGAUCAGUUAUCGCGUAGAAAAGGCUCUUAAUCAUUUCAACAUUUCUUUCCCGUCCAUUUUGCCUAUCCCCCCUCUAACCUCAUUCUGGCUGGCACCCAUCCAGAACGUAGAUCGUCUUUUCUCAGAAAAUAAGAAGCAUAUCUCCUCACAAGAAAUCUCUCAACUCUUCAUACAAUAUGUAAAUCAAUACAACGAUCAUACUUUCUUUUAUACUGACGGAUCACUAUCAAACGGCAAAACAGGCGCUGGUGUCACAUCAAAAGUCUACGAAAACUCCAUUCGCCUGCAUAAUCUUUUUACGGUCUUUUCAGCUGAACUAUCAGCGAUUCUGCUAGCUAUUAUCUAUAUCAACAAGCAACAUAUCCAAAAAAGCGUAAUUUGCACUGACUCAGCUUCGGCAGUCAGUGCCAUCUCAAGCAGAAAAAAAGAAGACAAUCAUAUAAUAUACAUUAUCAAGAAACAUAUAAUUACAAUUCAGAAACAAGGAUUUGAAUUCCGCCUGUUGUGGAUACCAGGACACGCGGGGAUUCCCGGUAACACAAGGGCGGAUCUCCUAGCGAAAAAUAGCCUAGACAAACCGGAAAGAAACACACUUCGUUGUCCGCACAAAGAUAUUGCUAAUCAUAUCCAAAAUGCUCUUCUCGACCUUCGCCAAUUCGACUGGAAUAGUUUUCCAAAUCAACAUCUACACCCGAUUCACCCAAAAAUCAAAUCAUUUGCUUCUUCCAAUCAAAGUAAUCGUCUUAGAGAAACGGUAUUGGCCAGGCUGAGAAUUGGACACACCAGUAUCACACACCGAUACAUCUACCAGCACGAACCCCCACCCACAUGCCCACAUUGCACACCACUAACACGACUCAACAUUGCCCACCUCCUUCUCAACUGCCCACACUACGACCAAUACCGUCAACCCAUCAUUCACUACACAAACACACACAACCUCAGCCUGGACCUCCCAACACUCCUGGGUGAUGAUCAUCCAGAUCUAAUUGAACUUCUAUUUACCUUCCUCAGUGAUUCGAAUCUCAUCAAUAGCAUAUGAUCGCAACCCAGCACACAGUAUAUAGAUGUUCUUAUGAUCCUCCAUCGUCGUCUCCAUCCGCUUCGUUUUGCUUCCAUUCGCUUUCGUUCUCUCCGCCUUUUCCAAGUGUAUUUAUAUAUGUGUGUAAACUCGACAGGGAUCCCUCUUAAAGGUUGAGGCCCACUCGAGACACAAAAGCUAUCUGGCCGGACACCCCGGGCGCGGCCUAGGUGGCUUGCAUCCAUGGCCCCCGGGAGUGGAUGAAGGCGAUAGCUCCACAAACACACACACAUUAGCGAUAUAACGUAACGUAAUAUCAAAGCAAAGGGAUUUUUCCUGUGCAAUUUGGCAAAAGCGCACAGGUUUUGCCCUCUAAGAUAGGCACCAGGUUUUUCUAGUUAGGACUUUCCUGGUGGAACUCACGACACAACAACAGCACACAUUACAACACUUCCACAUUUCAGCAUCAAGAUACAGCAGCAAGACAUGUAAGUAUUCAAAAUCCCUCUCGGCACUGCCACUCUGGCACCCUUUCUGGCUUCCCCUUGCACUUGCUCCCACCGGACGUCACAUGAGCCGGUCUAACGUAAACUUUGCUCUUGAUAUUGCCUUGGGCCGGAAUAACAUAGCCGGCUUUAAAGUAAAGUAAAACGGAAGAUCUGGCUAAUUGCCAGCUAGUAACUUCCCCCUACCCCGAC